UGCUUGUCCACCAGUUCAGCAACCACAGAGUUGCAGUGACUCGAGGGAUCAUUUCAGGCUGCUGAUUGUACUCAAUCUCUUCACCCUCACUCCGCCCACUGAUCUGUUAGCACAUUAAACAGUCAUUUCCCUCUCUCAGUUACGCAAGGUAAGAACAUUUCGCAGCUGAAGUAUGACUCGCCGUGUGGCCGUGGUUGGAGGAGGCAGUUCGGGUUUGACCUGUAUCAAGUCCUGCCUGGAUGAGGGUUUGGAGCCUGUCUGCUUUGAGAGCAGCGAUGACAUAGGUGGUCUGUGGAGGUUUAAGGAGAAUCCAGAGGCAGACAGGGCGAGCAUCUACCACUCUGUCAUCAUCAACACCUCCAAGGAGAUGAUGUGUUUCAGUGACUUCCCCAUCCCUGGACACUUCCCAAACUACAUGCACAACUCCCUCAUCAUGGACUACUUUCGGAUGUAUGCCGACCACUUCCGGCUCACCAAGUACAUACGCUUCAAUACCAAAGUCUUGCAGAUCAAGCAGAGGUCAGAUUUUUCUCAUUCAGGCCAGUGGGAUGUUGAGACAGAAAACAAGGAGGGCAAAAAGGAGAAACACAUUUUCGAUGCGGUGAUGAUCUGUAUUGGACAUCACUGCCAGCCCAACCUGCCACUGCAUGACUUCCCAGGCAUUGACACCUUCAAGGGAAAGUACUUCCACAGCAGAGACUAUAAGACUCCUGAGGAGUGGAGAAAUAAAAAGGUUGUGGUGAUCGGAAUCGGAAACUCUGGAGGAGACAUCGCAGUGGAGCUGAGCAGAGUCACCAAGCAGCUCUACCUGAGCACUCGAAGGGGAGCCUGGAUUCUGAACCGAGUUGGGGACAAUGGGUUGCCACUAGAUCUGUCUUUUAACAGGGUGUUGAACUUUCUCAGGAGAAUCCUUCCCUUUGGUUUUUUUUGUAGUUUAGGAGAGAAAGUGCUCAACCAAAGAUUUGAUCACGCUCUGUACAAUCUGAAGCCAAAGCACAGGUUGUUCAGCCAACAUCCCACAAUGAAUGAUGAGCUUCCCAACCGCAUCCUGUCUGGAACAGUCCUGGUGAAACCCAACAUCCGCAGGUUUCAGGGCUCCAGCGUGGAGUUUGAUGAUGGAAGUGUUGUGGAAGAUGUCGACCUGGUGGUGUUUGCCACAGGUUACAGGUUUUUCUUCCCAUUCUUGGCCUCACACGUGGUCUCAGUGUCUGAGAACAAAGCAUCGCUGUACAAAUAUGUGUUUCCUCCUGAGAUGGAGCGCCCAACUCUGGCUAUCAUUGGUCUCAUUCAGCCGCUGGGUGCUAUUAUGCCCAUCUCUGAGAUGCAGGCCAGAUGGGCCACACGUGUCUUUAAAGGGUGCCUCAAGCUUCCCUCAGUGGCUUCCAUGCUGAAAGAUGUCCAGUGCAAAAAGGAGGAGAUGGCUAGAAGGUAUGUCACCAGUCAGCGACACACCAUCCAGGUUGACUAUCUCAGCUACAUGGAUGAGCUAGCAGAGCAGGUUGGAGUUAAACCCAACUUCCUGAAGCUGAUGUUGACUGAUCCCAGAGUGGCAUUAAGUGUGAUAUUUGGUCCCAGCACACCAUACCAGUAUCGUCUCAGAGGGCCAGGAAAAUGGGCCGGAGCCCGCCAGGCCAUUCUUACCCUGUGGGAGAGAGUGGCUGAGCCCAUGCAGACCAGACCCUGUGAUGAUCCCAAACCCAAGAGAUCAUUUAUGUGGCCUGUGGUUCUGUCAGCUGCUGCAGUUGGCGUGGCUGCCUACGUUAACAGGAGCAACCUCCUGGCUUAUAUGCAGGAUCCCUCUGCACUGUUGGACAAGAUGAAAGGGUACCUGCCUGCACAGUGAUGUGCACUGCACACCUAUUUCACUCAAUAAUGUGUUAUUCCUUUAACACAUUUAUGAGCCAAAAUUUAAAUGCAGCAUUUUUGUUUUUGUUUCAGUUUUUACAGGUUUAACUUAAAGAUGAAAGACUUUGUAAUGGGGUCAUUGGUAACAGAGAACACCAGUAAUGGCUAUAUGAGACUACAGAUAUUCCAGCCUCCUGACGCAUAUGGUGGCGCAUAUCAAAAUCGUGAUAAAACUGCAUCAUUACGAAACUGAUUUUCUUCAGUCUACAUGCAUGCAGUUUUUACAAUGUACUCCACUAGCUCCUGAAAUGCAUGAGACACCAAAAUAGGUUAGUUAAUCAAUGAUACCGCCUCAAAGACAAAGUGGUGCUAUACUAUGCCAAACAUAAUCAACAUAUACAGCUGUCAUAUUUAACAUAUACAACUGUCUGUCUCUUUUUUUCCUUUCAUAUACAUUACAUUACUACAUUCAUAUAAUCAAUAAGUCAAUUCAAAAAGUUGUGUAUGCAUGGCUCUCUUUUAUUACCACACAUAACCACCUUGCCCCAUAGAAUGAAUGUUGCCUGCAUAACAAUAAUAUAGACAUUUUAAGACCGUGGUCUGUGUAUCAUCCGGUCAUUCUGUUAGGCUAUUUGAUCAGUUUCAUUCGUGGGAAAAAUAAAUUAAUGGAAUCAGGCUCAUAUUGCAUUUUUUCUUUCUUUUUUUUGGGUGUGUAUUAA